CGUACGCCGACAGCUGAAAUCAAAACACGUGUGGCCUCUCUUGCAGUGUGACCAGAUAUUGUUGAUUUUUUCAUUUUUGGACAGUCGCCACGCACACCGACACAGUUGUAAUUCGACGCACAUGCGUUGCGCGUUUUUCUUAACUGCUGCAUCUACAUAAAAAUAAUGGCAUCGUUUUUUAUGCUGGACACUGCUGGCGACCAGCAACUGUGUGGUUCAAAUGCCGAGCAGCCAUCCGCUGCAUUGUACAAUGGUAUAUUCAGGGAGCGACAGGAGCAGAGCGAAGAUGACGAGGAGGAGGAAUCGGGUGAAGUGGAGUUGUUUGGUGUCAAAGUUAGCUGCAAAAAUGUUAGCAAAGUGAUCGCCUCCAGCACGCAGCAGCAGCAGCAGGAAACGAGUAUGCAAAUGCCAUCCAAAGUGGCCAUACAACUGGAUGAAGUUGCUGAGCGCGUCAACGAAGCCGUACAAAAUGCGGGCACACGCAUAGUUGAGAAACGCCAUCGCAUAACAGAAUUGCAUACCGAAAUUGGAGAGGAUUUAAGUGUGCGCAAAGCGAAUGUGGAAGUGGAUAUGGAGCAGGCGAAGCGCAUAACUGGCAUUGAGAAGCUGCAAGCCUUGCCCACCGUCUCCAGACGCAGGCAGCCCAUCUUGAAUAGAUCUGAACGCAGCAAGACGAAGGGCAGCGGCUGGUUUGAUUUGCCAGCAACAGAAAUCACAAGGGAAAUGCGCAAUGAGCUGAAGAUCAUACAAAUGCGUUCGGUUUUGGAUCCCAAGCAUUUCUACAAGAAGAACGACCUCAGAGUGCUGCCCAAAUACUUCCAAGUUGGCACAGUGCAGCAUUCGCCACUCGACUAUUACAGCGAGCGGCAUACGAGAAAGACCAAAAAAUCUCUGGUUGAUGAGCUACUCGCCGAUGAGGACUUCCAAAAGUUCAACAAACGAAAGUACAAAGAGGUCAUUCAGCGCACCGAUAAAUCUGCGCAUCGCAAAGCCAUGAAAAAGAUGAAGAAACUGAAGAAGAAGAAGAAUAAAUAAAUUGGAAAAUUUUCAAUUACAAAUUGUUUUUGUGUGUACUUUCUUUCUAAGAUCGAAUGUGAAAUUAUUCCUGACAUCACAAAAAGUAUAUGUAUUCUAGUUGAGCAUAUAGCCAGAUUCUUCCGUUUAAUUGGAGACAUCUACUUUUGAUUUGAUACUAUCUUGAUUGUACUUGGCAUACGUCCGAUGUCUUGACAUACAAGCAUUCUUUAAUUUCUUUAAAACCACUUGGAAAUUUAAUUUAAUUAAACCGUAAACAGUUUCUUCCGAA